UUCACCAUCCACGGCCUGUGGCCAGAGUAUAACAACGGCCUCUGGCCAGAGUUCUGUGACGCCGCCAACGCCACUACAAGCGGCGGGGCGGAUGACUCGGAGCAGCAAAAGUGCGAGUGGCCCAGCUUCAAGGGGUCAGUGUGCCCUGCGUGCAUGUGCCGCCGUGCAGACGCCGGGUUCUGGGACCACGAGUGGCAGCGGCACGGCACCUGCGCCCGCCCCAUCACCGGCGACCGCCCCUCUUUCUUCCAGGCCGUCAUGCGCCUGCAUGAGAAGUAUGAUCUGGAUGUGGCGCUGUCGGAGGCGGGCAUCGAGCCCUCCAGCGCCCAGACCUACACCUCGGCGCGGCUGUCGCGGGCGGUGGAGGACGCGUUUGGCGUGCGGCCCAUGGUCUCCUGCUUCAAGGGCCAGCUGCUGGAGCUGUGGCUCUGCGUGGGGCUGGACCUCAAGGUGGGGCUGGGCCUGCCGGGGCGGCGCCUGUCUAUCUGUGACCGUUGGUGA